AUGUUGGACACUUUGGCAUCCUCAGCGAUGACAAUGGGCCACACCAAGGAACAGAUAUCUGAGAAGAUCCUGAACCAUGCCUUAGAAAUUAUCUACCUGCUGACAGGAGAGAAAUACGUCAUUGUAAAGAAAAAGUUUCCACACUGCUGCAUACACCCAAAAUCUGGAGGGGUACCUGUGAAGUGUGAUGAUGUUGCCGUGUACUUCUCUAUGGAAGAAUGGGACUAUGUGAAAGGACACAAGGAAGAUUACCAAGAUGUCAUUAUGGAUACUGAUGCACCCAGCAACACUUUGGAAAUUACAGAAAAUACUGACCUAGAAUUGCCAGACCUGCAUGCUGGAGAGUUACAGCGUGACUCAUACGAUGUCCCUGAUGUUAUCACAGCUGAUGCCUCAACCGAAGCCACGACUGAUGUCUUACCUGGUGCCUCAAAAGCUGCAAAACAUGAUGAGGACAGUGAAAAGAGCAAAAAGGACAAAGAAGAAUCUGAAGACAAGGGUAGAAGUGACUCAGAAGACAGUGAAGAGGACUCAUCCAGUGUAGCUGAAUCCAUGAAGAUGGAUGUGGCUAGAGAACGAUCCUUUGCAAGCCCUUUUUACCGUGAAGCCAUGCGGUUUGAGAUGACAGAGGAGAUACAGGAAGACGGUACAGUAAGACCCCUCAGCACUGAAGCCACCUUGUUGGAUAAGCUCCAUCCUGAAAUAUAUCGCUACGACCAGAACAUCUGGAGCAUCAGCCAGAGGUUCAUAUGUGGCACAAACAACAGACCGUACAACCAGCCCUCCAUAAUAGCCGAUGAUGAUGACAGUGAAGUAGGACAGUCACCGAUCCAAGUGCCCAACCUGGCUGAAGAGAAACCUUACCGAUGUGUUGCCUGUGAUCAGCUGUUCAAGUAUAAGUCCAGCGUCACAAGACAUUACGCUGUAGUGCAUGGGGUGAAGCCUCACCAGUGCAACGAGUGUGGCAAACGGUUCUCCACCAAAUUUAACUCUGUAGUGCACAAGUGUCAUCCACACAAAAACAAAAGCCCCUGGGGAAAUGAUUCAUCAGGUUUAAAUAGUUAA